GUCUUACAGGUGGUUGAAAACGUUCUGUUUUCAGUUCUGUUGAUGGAUUAAAACACUUUACCAAUAAUUAAAAUUUUUGAAUACAUUUGUAAUGAUGAAGUCAAAGUACACAAGUGUCAUCUUUAUAGCGUUCGUGGUUGUGCUGCAUUUUGUUGGUCAUGCACAAUCAUUUAACUAUAAGGACCAAAUAGCACAAGGAACUUGUACAUCGAUACUCACUGGCGGACCGGAUCAUGUAUAUGCUGUUAGGAGGUCAUGCAAUUAUGGCUCUAAAGAAACAUGUGAUGCGGUGUGCACUAAACUUGGGAAACAUUGCUAUAAUGCUGUACACGUCUAUCCUGAAGUCAUGAUAGGAAACACCGAGACAGGAAAGGAGAGCCUUCGUGCAUAUAAAUACAACUCAUGUACUAAUCCAGGUUGUGGACCAAAUUAUUGUUGUUGCGCUAUCAAUAAACAUCCUCUACCCAAUCCGAAUGCGUUCAAAGACGAGAUAGCACAGGCCACGUGCACUGCUAUUUUGCCUGGAGCGCCCCGUCACGUUUACGCUGUGAGAAGAAAUUGUUCUGGCAAUGACACCUGUGAUGAUGUAUGCAGCAAGAUUUCAAAGUCCUGCUUCAACGUACUACAUUUGUACAACAGUGCAACAUUAGACAAUACGGAAACCGGUAAAGAAGGUCUGCACACUUACAGAUACAACAGUUGUAAGAACACUGGCUGUGGUCCCAACUUCUGUUGCUGUAGAAAAUAAACAUUACCUUAGCUCUCAACUGGAACAUCCUCGGCUUUUAUCUAUAAUAACUUACGAAGACUUACGGAAAGGGCCGAAAAGUUGCGAUUGCUUAGCUCUAAGCAUAAUUUUUACAUGCAAUAAGCUACAGUUUUUGAAAAUUUCAGAUACAGAUCGCUGGAUCAAACAGAUUUAUAAAAAUUAAAAGACAUAUCAAUUCAUUUAUAUUUUUAUAUAUAUUAAUCUUAGAAAGAAUGUAAGAAAAAGUUCUAUAAAUGACAAGUUCAAAACAAAA